AUGAGGGUCGACCUUGGAAGGAGGCUGCAAUUCCCAGAUGUCGUCCAAACAACCCUCCGUCCCGACAUAGUGUUGUGGUCGACCAAGGACGAGAAACUAGUGCUGGUUGAGCUCACUGUGCCGUGGGAGGAGGGAUGCGAGGAGGCGUAUGAAAGGAAAGCCACAAAGUACCAGCAGCUAGCCCAAGAUUGCAGAGACAAGGGCUGGCAAACGUGGCUGUUCCCCGUGGAAGUUGGGUGCCGGGGCUUCCCAUCAAGGUCGGCAUGGAACUUCUUUUCUGCUAUUGGCCUGGAUGAGCGGAGCAAGAAAAAAACAGUGCGAAGAAUGGGGGAAGAGGCAGAACAUUCUCAUUCCCUGUCGAUAAUGGCCACCUUCAUCAAUGGAGAUACAUCCUUCCCAGAAAUCACUGCUGUAGUCUUGUUGGAUGACAUCCAAGUUAUGUACUAUGACACGAUUGUCAACAAGCUUGUAUGUAGAGAACAUAACAACUCUACUGCAGGACCAGGCCUAUCUGACUUUAAGUACAUUGAUCAUAUUAUUGGAUUCAUAUCAGAACACAUGAGGUACAGAGCGUACUACUUGAGGAAUCACCUGAACGACACAAACAAUGUUUUGGUCCUCCAACGAACAGUUACAUGCGAGCUAUUGAACGAUGAUCAACCCGGGGGUAUGACAAACAGAGAUGCUUACAAUGGAGAGAGUGGAGAUGUUCGCAAUUACAAUCCAGAACUGAACACUCUUCAUAGUCACCGUGUGUGGCCAGAAGGAGUGAAUAUAUUUUCGGCUGACAAGUGUCAUUUCAUGUAUGAGUACAUUUUUCAUCCCACCUGCAUUAGCCUGCUGAAGAAAUAUCUUUCCAGUGAAAGAAACAGGACUCUUAAAAAAGUGAAGCCCAAAAUCAGACUCCUCCAGAAACCAGGUCCAGGCUCCUCAGUUCGUCUGACCUGCCUGGCCACUGGCUUCUACCCCCGUCACAUCAACCUGACCCUGCUCAGAAACGGCCAGCCUGUGCCUGACCACCAGAUCAGUGGGGGGGAGCUGCUACCUAAUGGAGAUGAGACGUACCAGAUGAGGAAGAGCCUGGAGGUCAGCACAGAGGAGCUACAGCAGCAUCACUACACCUGCACAGCUCAACACCUCAGUCUGGACAACAAACUGGAUUUUGGAUUAGAGAAUGAACCAGAAGGGCCUUCCAUGGCCAUGGUGCCAUCUGCACUAGUGUCACUACUCUGUGUGACAGGAGUCACUGCUGGUUUCAUUCUGUGGAGAAAGAGAAACAGAUGCACCGUGCAGGAAGACACAACCACAGAAAAUGCGUCACAAGAGACAGACUCCGCGCCCUCACCUGCAGGACAGACAGGCUAA